UGCAGGUAUAUAAGCAGGAGCAGAACGGACAGAGGGCAUAUUCAGUCGCUCACUUCCAGAGGCAGCACAGCUCGUCACCACUCACCACUCACCAUGAAGUGCAUCGCUCUGUGUCUGGUCGUCGCCGUGUCCUACGUGCUGGCCGACACCAAACCCAUCGAGGUGAUCUCCCGUGAGGAAGUCCACGAUGCUGCCGGACAGUAUUCGCUCACGUACCAGACGGCCAACGGCAUCACGGUGGUGGAGCACGGCGAGCUGAAGCCCACCCCUGACGGCAAGGACCACGUGCUGAUCAAGAGCGGCCAGUACCAGUACACCAGCCCCGAGGGCAAGCCCGUCGACAUCAAGUACAAGGCCGACGAGUUCGGCUACGUCGCCACCGGAGACGCCAUCCCCGUCGCACCCGUCGCCUAAACUUCGUCACCUCACCCCAACUAUAACUGUACAAACCCAUUAGACCAGUCAAUAAAUUAAUUUCGCCUUCAA